ACAAUAAAAUAAAAAAAAAAGAAAAUAAAAAUAAAAAUAAAAAUAAAGUCUUCAUUGUUGACAUUGUGAACAACAAGUAUCUCAACAACACCAACAAAGGCAACAAGCGUCGACGGCAGAUAGCCAGCAAUAACAUUCAAAAUGAAUUGGUUGCAUCUGGUAAUCGUUGCAGCCGCUUUGGCAAUUGGCGAUGUUGCGUCAUUGUCAUUGGAUCCAGUUGCCUCUGCUGAAUUGGAACAGUAUAUAAAGAAAGGCGAUUGUGUUAUAUCUAUGCGUCAUAUACGACCACGACGAAAGUUGCACAUAUCAAUUGAGGCACUCUUCAUGAUCGAUUUUCCCACACUGAAACACAAAAUGUCCUUCUUCCUCGAUCGUAAACAGCAGCGCGUAACGCUUGACAUUAGCGACAAUGGCGCCACCGAAUCCAAACAUUUCGAGAUUCCCAACAUAAAUGAGACGAGCACAAUUCGUUCGUUGGCAUUGCAUUUCCAUAAAAAUCGCAUAGCUUUGUUGGUGGAUUGCAAGGAGAGUUCAGCACAUGAAAUUGAUUUGAAUCUAACCAAAUUGUAUGCUUCGCAAUUAGAUGAUCCGAUAAUUAAACUGUUUCGUGAGCGUAAAUACCCACUCCAUUUUGAUGGGAACGUUGAAAAUGCCUUGCAGCGUGCCAACUGUCAAAAGGGCAUACUCCAUCGUCGCGGCAAUAAACGCAUGUUGAAGAACAAAAUUUCGGAACGUGAAAAGAAUAAGAAACGUGAUGUGCGCAACUGGUUUAAUCAUGAGCCGCAGGUUGGCAGUAGCAGUAAUGAACAGUACCGCCAACAGGAAACUUCAUUGGACAUUGAACGUCGCGGUGACAUACCCGUCAUGCACGGAGAUUGUGAAGACGCCCUCGCAAAAUCGCUCAGCGACUUAAUGGCAUUGGUGAAAUUGCUUCGAGAAGAUAUCGCCCACCAACGACAGGAGAUUGCCUACUUACGAAUGUUGCUCGAAAACUGCGCAGGCUGCAAAGAACCCAGCAAUAACAUACGUGUGGAACCAACUUGCCGCACUUCGAAUCCUUGUUAUCCAGGUGUCGAUUGUCAUGAUAGCUCGUCAGGACCAAGAUGUGGUCGCUGUCCAACAGGCUAUAUUGGAGAUGGAAAAUUGUGCAAACCAGGCUUGAGUUGCAGCGAUAGACCGUGUUUCAUGUAA